AUGGCGGCGCAGCAAGAGACCAGAGGCGUACAAGUUUCGUCGAGCGGGGGGAAUAUGCCGCACCUGAAGACCGACCUCGACGACCCGCCGCUGUUCACAAACCGCACGUCUACCCCGUACGCCUAUACGAAGCCGCAGAAGGAGUCGCUGGUACCGUCGCCUGGCGAGUAUUUCUUGUCGCCCGAGGCCAUCGCUCCCCUCCUCAUCCAGCAUUCCGAGAUCUAUAUCUUCGAAGACUCCGACGCCGAGUCAGAUACAUCCCACCUCCGCACCGAACGAAGACCACAACGAUACAGCUUCGUGAAAACGGACCUGCAGAAGGAGGAUCUUAGGGCAAAUGUUCUGGACAGCCAGGCCAAGUCGGAAAGGAGGAGACCGGACAAUUCUCCACCACUGUUGGCACGGUGUGAUGCAUACGCAAAAGCAGGCAAAGAGACUACUUCUUCGUCGGGUUCGUCCAAGUCACACACUCCAGCAUCCGACUCGCCGAGGUCUUCCUCCUCGUCACUGCAUGCAGAGUCCAGAAAAUCAAAGCCAGCUCCACUCGACACAGACCGCUUGAAAGAUUCUAGAUACGCAUCUUCUCGUCCAAGCUCGCCACGACCAAAGCAUGACCCAUCACCUCCACGCUCACCCCGUCUGCCGCCGCGUCGACCGCCCUCGCCCAAUGCCUCCAGGCCGUCAUCAAGAUCCGAGCGACCUCCUUCUCCGCUAUCUUCGUCACAUGCUCAAGCUCAACAGUUUCCAAGAGUGCCGAUAACAGAGGCUGAUUGGCAUGCCACCUACCCUCCCGCGACUGACAGAUUGAGACCAACCACACGACCUGAACGAUAUGAAACCAUGCCAGUGCCCAUGCCGCAGAUCAAUGUUAAAAGUCCCUCACCUGCAAGAGCGCAUAAGGCUGGAAACCCACUACCCUACCCAGUUGACAAUAGGCCCGCGGACGCUUUCAUGCCACCAGAAGAGCAAUUUCAACAUGACCACGCUUACGCUUCCUACACGCCUAUGACGGCGUCUCCAAGACCAGAUCAUUUGGACUCACCCGUCUUCAGCUCAGCUCGUGAGCGCCAACCAGUCCGUCCUCAGCCUAGUAAUCGGCCAAAUACUACAGAUGAGAUACCUAGGUCGCCGAGGGUGAGGUCUAACAGCGUCCGGUCACAGAACGGUAACGAUGGAGGACGUAGAGAAAGAAAGACUACUGUGCCUCUGAGUCUAGAUAAGCCUCUUCCGUCGUGUCCGCGAGCUGAGCCAUCUUCCAAGUACAACGAUUGGUACACACUGCAGGAUUGCCCCGGCUUCGACAUCUGUCCUAGUUGCUACCAAGGCGUUUUCGUCGACACGCCUUUCUCGAGGUACUUUACACAAAGUCGUUGGUACGAGCGACCCGUGGACCGAUUCUGUGACUUCAGUAGUCCCUGGAUGCGGCUUGCAUGGCUUUUGACGAUUAAGCAACGUCGGCAGUCUCCUGACCUACUGUACAAUCUUGCCACCAUUUCCGACCAAGAACGACCGUGUCCGGGCGAUCGCGAGCUUGGUACAGACCAUACUGUAUGGUACGGAAUAUCCGACCCUCGCGAUGGCAUCCACGUUGCCAACUUCGCCAUCUGCCCCUGCGACCUCAGAAUGGUUGAAGAGCUCUUCCCCAGCAUAAAGGGCUACUUCACGCGAAUCCCUGCGACGACCGGCCCCUACCCCCUACCCCCAACAUACAUGUGCAGCCUCCGCGUCAAGUCCCGCCGCUUCCCAAAGUAUCUCGACCUCCUCGUCGAGCUCGACGCUGAAGCCCAAGCGCUCAACCAACAUCCGCACAUCGCCCGCUUCGUGCAGCUCGCGCGCGAAAACGCCUUCAAAGCCGAGUGCCAGCGCGACAAGCCGCUGCUCCGUAAGGCAUGGCACUUCAUCCCCGUCCUGCCCGAAUGCACCGUCUGCCAAGAAUGCUUCGACGAGCUAAUCUGGCCACAUCUCGUACCAUCCUCUUCCUCCUCACCAUCCGCGCCAUCCACCAUACCUAAGCUGUUCACCCGCACCAUUCAGCCCGUACCCGGCGAAGGCCCGGAGCUCGGAUCUAGCUGCUGCCUGUACAGUACGCGGAUGCGCAAUAUAUUUGAGACUGCCGUUCAGGAGGAAAGUUUUGGAUAUUUGGAGCACAAGGUGCUGGAGAGGAAGAGCAUGGAGGUGAGGCUGGGAAGAGAGAGGAGGGAUAUUCUUGGGUGGAUGGACGGAUUGGAGAGGGGGACAUGGGAGUGGGAAAAGGCGAAGGGCGAAUUGAGAGAAAACGAGGGCGAGUGGAGGGUGUGGGAGUAG